GACACAUUUCGCUGUAUAAAAGCUACCACUUGAUAAUCCUCGGAUCCAGUUUCAAAGUUUCAACCAUGGGUAUCAGCGAAAGCGAAGUUUGUCAAAUUUUAGAAGAUUGUGGUUACAAUCGUAAUAAUCGCGUGGGCGUUGUUGUACGGCACAUCAACAAAAACAUUUCCUCCCGGAAUGAGGCGGCAAUGUUGCUUGCCCAUAUCAUUCACGAAACCGGCGGAUUCCAGCAUUUGGAAGAGCUUGGCCACGGAUCAGGACAUGACUAUGGUGAUCGAUAUUAUGGACGUGGUUUCAUUCAGCUUACUUGGGAAGGUAACUAUGCGGCAGCGUCGAUGGCCAUUUUCGGCGAUCGAAACGUACUUUUGAACGAUCCGGAUCUGGUUGCUAGAGAUGAAGAUGUUGCCAUGCAAACUGCCAUAUGGUUUUGGAUGGAAAAUGUUCGACCUGCAGCAGGAGGAUUUACAAGCUUUUAUCGUACCACCAAAGCCAUCAAUGGAGCACUGGAGGGACCCAAUCAUCCGACGGCACGCAAGCGUUACGAAUACUACGUAAAAGCUGCUAAUGUUUUGGGAGUUUCUCCGUUAGCCGAUGAAUGAUUUUGCUGUAAAGAAAUAUGUUUAAGGGUGUUUUUUAAUUUCCCAUGAUUUUCGGAGCAUUUUAUAAUAAAAUUAAUUUUGUUUUAAAACCACUGCC